AUUGGGGUAAUAAAUAAAAUACAAGUUGCGGUGGAUUAUUUAUUAGAUAACUAUGACAACAAUUAGCGAAUCGUAAAACGCAGGUGUCCAUUAAACGUCAAUAACCAGGGGCACCAGCCGGAUACCGAAACUCCCAAUCCUCAAAAAACGUUUAAUCACGAUUAAUUUAUCACACAGUUUGACUCCAAAAUCUAAUAAUUUUGCAUAAAUCGUAAUUUUAAUUAAUCCCAACUUUGCAAAUCAGCGCGAAUUCAAGUUUUGUUCGCUUUACUUGGGAAAUUUGGUUUGUGAAUUGGUAGUACAAAACGUCAAGUUUCAAAAGGUUAAAUUUGAAAUUGUAAAAUUUUUGUUAAAAUGAGGGACUCUUUGGAAGCUUUCGAAAAAACAUUAGAGAGUAUAAACUCAAAUUGGAAUUUACAAAAUAACCUUGUCGAUUUGAUUGAAAAUUUGAAUAAAAACUUGGAGUCAGAGCGCGAGACAACCACGAAAUUACAAGAGCAAAUUCAGAGUUUGAUGAAACAGGAUAACUUCGGUAUUACCUCCAAAUACGUUGCUUUGAAAGCUGAAUGUGCUGAGCUGAGAGAAAAGUUGUCGACGCUAAAGAAUGAAAACGACGACUUACAAAUCCAGCUCCUUGCAAAGUCUGAAGAAACUAAACACCUAUUAAUGGAAAAAGAGAGAGAGUUGCGUUCAUAUUACUCAGCUUUAUUGAAACAAAAAGAUGAGGAAAUAAGACAAAAAGAUAAGGAAAUUCAGAAUACGAAACAAAGUUUGCAGAAGAAAGAACAGCAACUUUAUAACGAAAUUCAGGCUGCUGAAGCCUCCUCAGCGAUUGAGUUGGACCAUGUGCAGUCGAAUUUCAAAAAACAACUCGCUGACUCGAAUAAGAAGCUGAAAGACAGCAUGGAGACUUGUAACGUCUUGAGACUUGAACUAAUGUCUGUGAAAGAGCAGUUUUGCGAGUAUAAGCAGUCGUCAAAUCAAAAAAUUGCAGAGCUUCAAAAGCGGUUCCGCGAAUCGCAAAGUGUGGACCAACUUUCAACCAGCUCGUCCCUUAAUCAGGAAGCUCCAUGGAACAGUGGAGCCAACACUUCUGGUAAUAUUAUAGAAAGCAAAUACCAGUCACUGGAUGUUACUUCCAAAACCUUUACAACUUGUGACACCCCGAUCAAUUUGAAGAAAACCACGGUUUAUCGAGGCUCCGGAAAAUUUUUCAAUACUUCAAACAUUCGGAAAACCAAAAGCGCUCUACCGCCCCCAAUAGAGUUAAGAAAUUCAGCCAAAAAUGAAGCAAAGUCGGUCGUCAAUAAGAGGCGCAAACUGUACGACCCCACCGACUUGUCGUAUUUGAACCUUGAUGUUCCGCAUAAAGAGUAGUAAUUAGUGCUGUUUUGUAACGUCUUGUUCGCGUCAAAUAAAAUGCGAGAAAUUCCA